CAUAUACUUCUUUCCUCUAAAAUGGCAAACUUGAUAAGUACAGUUGCUGGUUGCGUAGUUCUCUUGUUGUUUGUCGCCGCACCCUCCUCGGCCACCACUCGCACGGUCGAUUGGUCGCUCGGCACUGACUAUACUUCAUUGGCCAGUAGCAAGACCUUUGUCGUCGGCGAUAUUCUUGUGUUCAACUAUGGGGCGGGACACACUGUCGAUGAAGUGAAAGAAAGCGACUACAAGAGCUGCACCGUCGGAAACUCCAUCUCCUCCGACAGCAGUGGAACCACUUCCAUCGCUCUCAAAACCCCUGGGACCCACUUCUUCAUCUGCGCUGCUCCUGGCCACUGCUCUGGCGGCAUGAAGCUCUCUGUUUCCGUCGCCGCCGCUGGAUCUGGCACUUCCGCCGCCACUCCCACCCCUUCCUCCGGCGGUAGCACUACUACUCCGGCCGGUUCCUCAGGCGGCAGAGCAACUACUACGGCGGGUUCCUCGGCUUACGUGGCGGUGCCGUCGGCGUUGGUUGCGACUUGGGUUGCUGCUGCCUUGCAUGGUUUGGCUCUCUCUUGUUUUUGAAGUUAUAUGAUUGAUUUACGUAUCACGUAUGUAUGAAUGAUAUGGAGAGCUGAUGUUUUACUCGUUUAGAGACCAUGCUACAUGGAAUUACUAUAUGCCCUCUCUUACCCUUCCUACGCUAUUUUUUUUCA